UAUGGUGUAAAAUUUAUUCUAAUAUUAAAUGUGUUAAGUUCCAGUAUUUCCCCAAAUAGGGUGAGUGUUUUGAAUAUUUUGUAGUUUUAAGAGAAAGGUAACUUUCAUAGUAGUAAAUUAAGGAAUCAUUUUCUUCUUGCCAUCACAUUUUCAUUUAGUUCUUUCUGGGUACAUUUGGCUAUCACUAUCUGCUUAUUAACUGUAAUUUUCCUAUAAAAAUAACGCUGGAAAUAACAAGCUUCUCGAACCUUCUGGAAAUAUGAGUCUACCCACUUUAUAAAAAUCUUGUAGAUUAUAAUCAAAGUUAGGCUUAAUUCUAAUUUAAAUGUAUAAAAUUACAUGCCAAAUUGUAGUUGACAUGCAUUAAUAAAGCUUUUAGUUGUAGAAGUACAUUUAGUAAAUUUAACUUCACUUUCUUCUUUGUUUUAAAUUUAAAAUGAUGAUUCUACUUGUGACUGCCACAUCAUUGAUCACCAUUUAAUUCUUUGGGGUUCACUACACCAGCCUACUUUCUCAUUAGCGCAUUAAUUUGGCCUAAAAUCCGGAUGUCGCAGUCACUUGUACAAAAUUGGACUUUUCUUGAAAUGGCCAUUUUUACCGGAAUUCCAGGGACCAAGUCUGGGGUUGGAGUCGGAACCUACCAACCUGAAUUCGCAUGCUCCGCUUCGUUCCGGAAGGUUCCCGUGCUGGAUCCGGAACCCUUUUUUUUGGAAGACGGCCACCUCCAAGUUCGACGUUCUGCGACGUAGUGCAGGGAAGUGACCCCUAUCAAGGACUCGUUUCACCACUGUUAAUUGCCAGCUCAGAAAAGAUCCACGACCUUGUCUUUCCUUUAGUUUUUUUUAUUUUUUUAAAAUUAUAUUUCGUAAAAUUUACUCUGGUUAGUUUUCUUUCGUCUCAUUUUGCAAUCUACCUACUUCAUGCGACGCUAAACGUCACAUUGGCGCCCAUACUGGUUAUUUCUGAGCUGUGCAUUAUUGAAGCAAGUCCUUGGCCUUUUUCUCCUCUUGGUUUUCAUUGGUGUUGGUGGCUUUCUAAUAUUAGCACUUGUAAUUCAUCUAGUUUUUAAGUCUGAUUUGAGCAGUUGUUUGGUACGUGGUUGUCAGUUUCUCACUUCAUAUAGUUAUAGCAAAAUUCUUGUUUAAAAAAAAAAAAAAAAAAACACUACACUUCACUUAUUCCGAUUUAAAAUAAUUUUAAAAUUCUAUCGUAUCUCACAUUCCACUUACUUAGCAACUAAACCUAACUGCUUUUUAAUCAAUUGUAAUCAAAACACACACUUUUUACGUUAAGAUUUAAACAUGUCGUACCCAAUUAAAUAUUUGUCACUACAAAAAGCUGAGCUUGAAUAUGAGGUGAUCCUUAGAGGUGGUUCAACUGGUUCGGUGCAGGACCUCCGAAGCCAGAUAGUAAAAUUGGCCAUACCUCCUGAGGACAUUUUGGAAUCACAUUUAGAGCCUGCGGUUGACCUUGAUGCUGUUAAAGACAGUCUAACAAAAUCCCAAACGAUGCUAGCAUCCCUCAAAUCUAAAUUUGAUAAGACCCUGUUCUUGCGUACCGAAAAUCUACUACACCACAUAUAUCACAGAUUAAGGCGUAUCUCAAACGUUAGUGCCACGUUAGUUGACCAGCACAAAAAUUAUUGCACUACCUUUAACAACCAAUACAAAGAAAUUACGACGUUGAGGCCGGCAUCAACCUCAAAUGCAAAUGCAGUCUCAGUUUUGGAACCUGAAGCUACGGCGGUACUCCACUGUGAUCGUAACCUGACUUCUGACUUGGCAAAACUAAAGUACUCUGGAAAAGCCUGCGUUUUUUCUUUCAUUCAAAGAGUUGAAGAAUUCGUAGAGGUUAGGAAUAUAUCAAAGGAUCGUGUAUUGAGGUUUGCCUACGAGAUUUUCACUGAUGACGCAUUACAUUGGUUCCGUUGCAAUAAAGAAAGUUUUCAAAGCUGGGACGAUGUCGUCGUCCUAUUAAAAAAAGACUUUAGUCUAAAGAAUUACGACUAUCGCCUGACUAAUGAAAUAAAAUAUCGUACGCAAGGGGAACAAGAAAACAUUUCUAUUUACUUGUCUAUUAUGCAUGGCAUGUUUUCGCGAUUGGUUAAACCGUUGUCUGAGGAAGAAAAACUCGAAAUUAUCUUACAUAACAUCCGGCCAUGUUAUGCCAGCACCCUAGCCGCUUCACCUGAGAUCAAGGACCUAAAGACAUUAAAAACCCUUUGCACAAACUAUGAGGACAUUCAGUCACGCUUAUCCUUGUUUCAUGAACCGCCUAGGGUGACUUCUGAGACUCUAGCCCCAGAAUUUGCCUACACUAAAUAUCAUAAAAAUAAUAUCUACUACACAAAUAAAAACUACCAAAAUACAAAUUCAAAUGAAAAACAGAAAAACUACUAUAAUCAAAACAAAUAUCCUAACUACUCGAGCUCUUACAACUACAACAAAUCUAAAACUACAGAGGAAAAGCCUACUACUACUAAUGCUGUACAAGCGACAGCAAACAGUACAAAAAAUGUCAACACUGCUAGUAACUCGCGUAAGUACUGUCCUAGGUGUCGCACUGAUACACACUCUUUGAAAGAAUGCAAACAGCCACACUUCCCUAUCUGUUUUAAAUGUGGUAAUAAAGGUGUACGCUAUCCUGAUUGUAAAUCCUGUAAUCCUAAAGAUGCAAAAAACUAAAUUCAGUGGAUUGUAGUGUACAUAAUCUUUCUAAAAAAUCUAGUGAAAACUUUAGUGAUUCAGAGUGGAAAUCUUGGCUCAACUUCAUAUCUAAAUUUUUCACUUGCUAUUCAGUCACUGCAAUCCACGAUUCAGAUAAUAUACAUAACAGACCGUAUGUCUCAGUUCAGAUUAAUGGUAAAACUAUCCAUGGUUUGUUAGAUACGGGUAGUGGUUAUACAAUUCUAGGUAAUAACUAUCAUAAAGUUUUCUUGGAUGCGGGUUUCAAGCUCAACAGUACGGAUACGAUAAAUUUAUUCGCAGCUGGCAGGCAUAGACUAAACAAUAUUGGUAUGAUCAAUCUGCCUGUCUCGUUCUUAGAUCAAACCCACAUCUUGAAGGCCUACGUCGUACCAGAAGUCGAAAACUCCUUGAUAUUAGGCAUGGACUUCUGGAGAAUUUUCGAAUUGUUUCCUAAAAAACUAGAUUCCGUAAUUUUACCUAGGGAUGUUGAUAAAUUAGCCUCUCUAUCACUAGACCCUCAACCUACACACUUAUGUGACUAUGAUCAUCUUUCGCCUGAGCAAAAAGUUACGGCUGAUCAUAUCACUGCGCAGUUUCGUAACAUUUCAUAUGAAGAACGUGGUCUAGGCCGCACUUCUCUAA